AUGGCUUCACCUAUAAUCUCACUCUCAGAGAUCCCCACUGCCUCGCUGCUGUACAAGCUCAACAAGUUGGUACCUGCUCCGACCACUCUCGCGACACCCUCCCAGCCGCUCAACAACACCAUCUCCCUCAUCCGCAGUGACAUCACCAAGCUGCAGGUGGACUGCAUUGUCAAUGCAGCCAACGAGUCCCUCCUAGGGGGUGGGGGUGUGGAUGGGGCCAUCCACCGCCGGGCCGGCCCAGCGCUUCUCGAGGAGUGCCGCACGCUGGAUGGGUGCAACACGGGCGACGCAAAGAUCACAGCUGCCUACGACCUCCCCUGCCAGCGCGUCAUCCACACCGUGGGGCCCAUCUACUUUGCAGAGAUGCGAAAGCACCCUGGCCGCCCUGAGGAGCUGCUGCGUGCCUGCUACCGACGCAGCCUGGAACUGGCCGUCGAGAACAACAUGAAGAGCAUUGCCUUUGCUGCCAUCAGCACUGGUGUCUACGGCUACCCCAGUGAGAAAGCUGCCCACGCUGCCUCCGAUGAGGUACGCAAGUUCCUGGAGCGCUCGGGGAACAUCGGCAAGCUGGAGCGAGUGAUCUUCUGCAACUUUGAGCUGAAGGAUGAGCGCUCCUACGAGAGAGUCCUGCCGCAAUACUUCCCUCCGACCAAGCGGGAUCUUUCCCCCGAGGACGAGUAA